AUUUAAAUUCACGUCUUGUUAGAAGGGACGAAUGGCGUCACUAUCAGAUCGAAAAGAUACAUUCACUUUCGGAUUCUCGGCCUCGCAGUAUCACAAUAAAAUGUUCGAAUCGCCGCAGAUCGAACGAGUUUGGAUGGCAGACUUUGUAAUUUUAAUAUUGUUGACAAUUCGAAUGGCUUUGAUUGGCUCGAGUGAAGAAGUUACAGACCGAAUGUUUAGAUCCGAUGGACUCGCUUCAAUUAUCUUGGACAUUACAAAUACUGUGAGUUUAUACAGAGUAGCCAUUGGUUUAGCUCUGUAGACACUUUUAUAACUAGGACAUCCAGUCAGCUAAAAGACUCGCGCAUGAGUUUUUUU